AACUACUCGGUCCUCGCCACAUUUACUGCGUUCACAUUGUAAAUCUCUCUCAUAACUCUGUAUACUAAUUAUAUAUAUAUAUAGACGUGUAUGCACUGGAGUUGUUGUGUAUGCAAACCAGGAAGUACCGGAGAAGGAGUCAUGGCAGAGAAUGAGGUGAAGUUGCUGGGUUCAUGGCCGAGUCCAUUUGUGAUGAGGCCAAGAAUCGCUUUUAACCUGAAAUCAAUAGACUACGAGUUCGUGGAGGAGACAAUGGCGCCCAAAAGCGAGCUUCUUCUUCGAUCCAAUCCCGUCCACAAGAAAAUACCAGUUCUCAUCCAUGGUGACAAGUCCGUAUGCGAGUCUCUCAUCAUCGUAGAGUACAUUGACGAAGCGUGGUCUUCGUCCUCUGCUCCCUCCAUUCUCCCAUCCGAUCCCUACGAUCGUGCCACACACCGAUUUUGGGCAGCAUAUAUCGACGAAAAGUGGUUCCCAUCACUGAAAGGACUUGGUUUUUCCGAAGAAGAAGAAGCGCAGAAGGCGGUAAUCGGGCAACUGGAAGAAGGGUUAGCGCUGUUAGAAGAAGCGUUUGGGAAGAUGAGCGGAGGGAAAGCUUUCUUCGGGGGAGAUGAAAUUGGGUACGUUGAUAUUGCGUUGGGAUGCUUUUUGGGUUGGGUGAGAGUGAUGGAGUCAACUCAAGGAGUGAAGCUGAUUGAUGAGUCGAAGACGCCUGGUCUGGCGAAAUGGUCGGAGAACUUCUGCGGUCAUGAAGCGGUGAAAGGUGUGAUGCCGGAAACGGAGAAGCUUGCGGAGUUUAGGAAGGUAAUCUUAGCGAGAACGAGAGGUGGGAAAUAAAUUUGUGGACCAGAGAGGGAUUGGGUUGGUGAAGUAAUAAAUGAGUUGUUUUGAUUUUGUGGGUAUUUUAUCCUUUGUCAGGAUUUGUCUUGUUGUUUGAGAACUUGAAAUUCGGUACUACUCUAUUAAUAAAUUCCAGUAUUAUAUAAAUCAAA